UUACGAUGUUUUCAAGUGACUGCAUGCUCUGACGUAACACCCACGCUCUUCUGGGUGACUAAUACUUACAGUCUAUGGGAGUCAGUGCUGCAUGUAACUAAUUCCAGCUGUUUUACGUCGAGGCUUUAUCUAAAAGUAGAAAAUAGGCGAACCUCCUGAACGAAACGGCGGAAAAAAAAAAUACUAAAACAAGCUCCGGAGAAGAAACACUUAGAGCAGUAGUUUAGAGUAGAAUAUUUGCUUUUGCAUCAUGAACUAACAGGACACUAAACAAUUUAAACAGGGACGCGACCUACGAUAUACAGUAACCAGCGGAUUACACCAUUACCUGUGCAUAUGCAUGUACAAGCAUGCAAAGUCAGACAUUUGGGCUUGAUUCAGCACCAGAGUGUGGCAUCUGCCUGGAGGACUUCACCAGCCCCGCCUCCCUCCCCUGCGGACACUGCUUCUGUCUGGCCUGCAUAGGAGAAUACUGGAGGACCGAUAGGCCGUAUCAGUGCCCCCUCUGCAAAGCCGUCUUCCCCAACAGGCCACAGCUCAACAUCGACCACACUCUGCAGCCCGAGGAUGCAGCUGUGCCAUUAAAAGCUGGAGAGGUUCCCUGUGAUUCGUGCCAGACAAAGCGUCAAGCAGUCAAGUCCUGCGAGCAGUGCAUGGCCUCCUACUGCGCCGCUCAUCUGGCCCCGCAUUACCAGAGGAUAGAGCUUGAGCGCCAUCGCCUCAUCAGCGUGGUGAAGAACCUGGAGGACUCCGUGUGCCGGCUGCACGGGAGGAAGUUAGACAUGUUCUGCAGGAGUGACCAGUCGUGCAUUUGUGCCACGUGCGCCCAGACCGAGCACAGGAGGCACCGCGUUCUUUCUAUUAAACGAGAAGCUCAGAGGAAAAAGGAUUGGCUCAAAAGGACAAUGUCCAAACUUCAGCAAAAUAUUCAUGAUAAAAAGAGAAUUGUGGAGAAAAUCAAGCUCUGCGAAGAAGACCCGAACCAGGCAUGGAUGCAGAAUAAGAAGGUGAUAGAACAUCUGGAGGGAGAAAUCUCUGCGUUGGAGAAGAGAAACCAUGAUCUGGAGCACCUGACACACACUGAGGACGACCUCCACUUCCUGCAGGCUGCUGUCAUGGCCAAGGUUCAGCACAUCAAUGGUUAAUGGUCACACUACUGAAGCAACUGGAUGUUACAAACACACUGUGAAUGGAUUAACCUACAGUAUUUACACAAAUGUAAAACAUGUUUUAAGAUGAAUAAAUAAAACAUCUGUACACUACAAAUUAAUUUCAAAGAAAA